AUGGGAGCCCCAGCGUCUAGUUCAUCUCAGGACAGCGUUUCACCGGGUCUGGACAGCAGCGAUUAUCGUCUCUUUGGCGACGCGGGCAGCUGCCGCUCACCAAGGUCGACUGGCAGCAGCAGCACCAGCAGCUCAUCUCAAGCCACCACGACCAACAAUGGAGCAACUGAGAACGGCCCAAGUGGCAGCAACGGCAGUCACAAGCGCUACUUCACCAACAGUCGCGAGCGAUGGAGGCAGCAGAACGUCAAUGGCGCCUUCAAUGAGCUUCGACGCCUCGUGCCGACGUAUCCACCGGAUAAGAAGCUGAGCAAGAACGAGAUUCUCCGCCUGGCGAUCAAGUACAUCCGCCUGCUGUCCAAUGUACUCGAGUUCCAGAAAAGGCAGGAUGAUGAUGAGGAAGAGGAGGAGGGGGAAGAGGAGAGCGGUGGGGAGGGCGACGAUGUGAAGCCAAACAAAGAUGUCUGCCAGAAGGCGACAGAGUCUGCACUGGAGUCCUGUCUAAUUAGCCCGAAUUCGAUGAUGUCAGUGUUCCAGUCGCUCACUGGUGGCUCAGGUGGUGGUGACCUCCCUUCUGACUCCUACCUCCAUCGUAGCACUUCUAAAGGCGAAAGCCCUUUCAGCCUACCUUACCACAACCAAACUACGCAUCACUCUCAACGCGCAGCAUCGAAGCGGCCGCUCAGCAAUGGCAUUGCAUCCUCCUCACCAAGUGCACCUUCUUCACUUAGCCUCUCCUACGGAUUGCACUCAUCAUCAAUGACCACUACCACUACAACCGCCUAUGGGUGUCUGCCAUUUCCCGUACACAACUCGCUCUCACCGCUGAAGCUGGAAAUACCCAACACUACUACCACCACAAAUGGCAACUGCAGGCCUCCGGCAAAGAAGGCAAAGACACUGCUGACCUGUUUGG